UCCUCAUUCUCUCCAUUAACAUCCAUGGCUCUCUGCAACUCAAAAUCACCAACCCAUUUCCAAAUCCAACAAUCACAACCAAUUCUCUUCCUCAACUUUCUCAGGCUAAUUACUAUCUUCUUAUUUCUAGUCUUCCCUUUUGCAAACUCUGUUUCCUUCAACUUUCCCAGUUUCCAACCAAAUGACCAACAGAUAUUCUACCAAGGGGAUGCAUUUGCAGCCAAUGAAGUAAUCCAAUUCAACAUGAACCAAAAGGGCGUUACCCUCUACAACAGCGUCGGACGAGCCACAUACGCGCAGGCCAUACACUUAUGGGACUCCGAAACCGGAAACUUGACUGACUUCAACGCUCAAUUCUCUUUCAACAUAAACGCACCUAACAUCAAUGAUGCCGGUGAUGGACUCGCCUUCUUCCUUUCUCCCUUCAAUGUUAAAAUCCCUAACGAUUCCUCCGGACCAUUUCUUGGCCUUUUUGACAGCUCCCUUGCCUUCAAUCAUACCAACAAUCAGAUUGUGGCCGUUGAGUUUGACACUUAUAGAAAUAUUUGGGAUCCAAGCCCCAACCAUGUUGGUAUUGAUAUCAACUCGAUCGUCUCCGAGGCCACUGUCACGUUGAAUACUAGUAUGAAGAACGGAACAACAGCAAAUGCUUGGGUGAAUUAUAAUUCCACUACAACAACUUUGAGUGUCUAUCUAACUUACGCGGAGAAUCCUAUUUUCCAAGGGAAUUAUACCCUUUCCUAUGUUGUUAAUUUGACGAAAGUUUUGCCUGAAUGGGUUAGUGUUGGUUUUUCGGGUGCUACAGGCGGUAUGAAAGAAACACAUAGUGUUGUUUCUUGGACCUUCAAUUCAACUUUGGGGGGAUCCAACAAUCCAACCUUAGGGCCCUCGCCCUCACCGAGCACGGGUCCCUCCACUGGUAUGGGUCAUAAGAUGAUCCCACGUCUGGUGGUUGGUUUGGCAGUGAUUAUUGGUACCUUGAGUUUUUUUUUUUCCUGUGAUUUAGUAAUAAGAGUACAAUAUUGUUCUUUCUUUUCUUUCUUUUUUUUUUGUCAAAGGGAGUACAAUGUUGUUCACUCACCUAAAAAGUGUGUAAAAAUUUCUCACUCUCCGUGAAGCUAAUACUGGAUGCCACUUCGAUGAUCAAA